GCUUGUUGUUAGAAAAUAUAUUGAGCGCUCUUGUGGAAAUAAACUAAAAAACAAUAAUUUUUAACACGAUUUAAAAACUGCAAAAAAUAUAUUGAAAGAAAAAAUCAUGACUGGUGGCAUAAUUUCCAGCUUGCAGGAAGAUCGGACUAUUAAGGAAACAUUCCUGACUUGGCGAAACAUCUAUAGGAAUGAUACCGAACGCGGGACGUUAGAAAUACUCCAGCUAUGUGUAAACAUGACCGGUUAUGAUUAUGUUCUGGAGCAGCAAGAUUUGGAAAAAAUUAACAAUAUAGGCACAUUUGUUCGAGAGCAAAUUUUGAAAUCAGACUACCACGAGACAAAGAAUUUCUUCGCACCUACGUAUCUCAAAAAACUAUUCCAGUUCCUUCAGCUGAUGAUCGCACAAGAACGCCAAGAGCUACUGCAGAACAACAUUUGGUUGAACAGACUAUCCCGGCUGCUUGUGGGAUUGUCUGAAGUAGCUAACGAUGAGUGCAGAAUAGUAUCCGGCUAUCUUAGCACUGCUAUAUUAGUAAACCUGUCGGUUGUUCGGGAGCACUUAGAAAAGAAUUUGGAUAGAGUUCAGUUAGAAGAGGCUGGUGAUUUACAGGAAAUUGAAAUUGCGCUGAAACGCGAUUGUUAUGUACGCAAGAUGAGCAAAUUGUUGGUUCGAAACAUUGAAGCUGGGUGCAGCUAUGCUGCAACGUUGCCGACAAUUGCCGACCUGCUUUGUCAUAUGCUGGAGGAUCACCCGGCCAUAUAUGUUUCCGAACAAAAUGUUUUAAACCUUUUGACAAUUCUUUUGCAACAUAAGAACAGCAAAGUGUUUCAUGCGGUAGCUAACUGCCUUAAGUGCCUGCUGAAUCAGGAGACACAAUCACUAGAAGUGGUUGAAACAGUUGCAAAGUUCUUUAUCGACACCUUAGGGAAAAGAUUUAUUCAAGCUAUGCUUACGUACAAGUCUAGUGAGAGAAUUGCAAUGGAAGUCAUAGUUUCUGUACAACGACGCAAUUGUGGCGGAUCUAUAUUUGAGGAGCAUAUCACAGAGAAAAUCCGCCAACAGCUGUUCAGCGAGGAUGAGGUUGUGCGGGGUUUUGCAAUUGACUUCCACGCAUACACUUUGUAUCAAUCAGAUGUGGAUGAGCAAUCAAACAACAAAGAAAUUCUUUUACAUAUCCUAAUGUUGUAUGAGCGAUAUGAGCACAGUCCCUCUGCACUAAGAGUGCUUAUAGAAGAUCUAUGGAUCAUGAAAUUCUUCGACGACUGGCAAAUGUUGUUUAACCUGUUGAAUGAAGAGACUGCACGUGAAGAUAAUCUCUUUAAGAUAAUGGCUAUUGUACAAAUUAUCAAUCAGUGUUACGCUUUGUUGAUGCGUGACUUGAAUCCAGAUAAUGGAUCAAAGUCUGAAAAUACUGAUUAUUGUUAUUUACAUAGUUUGCUGAAAAGUUUCAUGCAUUACUAUCCUCGUGCUCUACGUAAGUGCGCUUCGCACGACCAUGCCGUCAUCAUGUUGCUGCAAUCAGCCCAUGGUAAGCACCAUAGAGGGUUACAACAAUGCAACGUUGAAGUAGAUCAGUACUAUGAAGAUCUGUUUGGUGCCCUCGAAAUGAUGGCGCAGAAUAAAACUGGGUUUUAUGCGCUCCAUAAGUGUUUAAUUGUGAUUCGCAGUUACUUGGACAUAGUAAUUGACGUAGAACAAAUAUGGUCUGAGCUGCUGAACAAGUACACGACUGAUCUCUGCGAUACUAGAACAAUGAUAACCAGUCGUAACAUCGGAAAAGAUACCGAAUUGAUGGAGAAAUAUGUCGUGUGUCUGACCAGACUGACGGCUUUUCUAGAACUGGACAACAACCUGGGCAGGCAUUUGUCGAAUAUAUCGAAGAUUUUGGUCAAUGACUUCCGUCUACUAGACAGAAUGAAGCUAAACCGUUCCCAGGAAGGCAUUUUAUGUCGUCUCUACAAGUGUAUCAUAUACACCUUAUUCAAGGAUCGGAUGAUCAAUACAGAUGAAAGCUCACCAAGUUGUCUACAUCCAUAUUCCGGUCGACGACUGAAGGGACGUAUAUUGGAGUUGCUAUGUUUUCUGAUCAAACAGCUUCGCAUGUUUGACGAACCGCUUGAUAAUAGCGUUCAUAUGUUCAUCAGUCUUUGCGAUAUGCUCGUAGUGACGCAGACUGCAGUUGCAAAUUCAAACAUCAGCGAACUACAUGAUGUAAGUUAUCCAGUGAAACCAUUGGUGCUGGAAAUGAUGGCGAAGUUUCUGCUCAACUGUCUUUUUUCUAAGGUGUAUGAUCAUAAUGAUGCACCCAUUUCGAAGCAGAGAGCUAUGUUUGCAAAGUAUAUUGAUCUGUACUUGCUGCAUAAGUCACUGCCCCGGAUUACUGAUACGUACUAUAUUGUGGCAAAUUAUUCGAUUGACAGCCAGUUUGAGCAACAAAUAGAACAACUGAUGACGGUUCUGCAUCAAACCGACCAGAAUCAGUUCAAUGAGGUUGUAUGUUGGGCCGCAUUCCAGCUAUUGCUGGAUUAUAAAUCGGAAACAAGUGUUAAGAACUUCUUCAAAAAAUUCCAAACAUUUGCCACGACCAAGUUGCCCGAAUCUGCCAACAGUAUCGCUUGUGUGUUUGAGAAAGUGCUGGAUCAUAUGAUGGGUAUGGUACUGGAUACGGAGGAUCCCGCGGAUCCAAUACGAAUGCUCAAAUUAAUCGAGCCAAUGAUGCCCCUGAUCGAGAUGGAUGAUCGUUUGAAGAUAGGCAACUCGUUGCUCGAACAUCCCAAUUAUGCCACGAUUGCGGAAUCAGAUCGGAAAGUUAUAAACCGAUUCUUAAAGCAUCUGAAAAAAUAGCGAUCGUUUCUAGCUUAUUUUCUAGCUAACCUUGUAGUUAGAAUGUUUCAUUUGCUCAAGUUUACAACAGCCGAGUGUAGAUUGAGCAGAUUGAUUCUAAAUUCAUAUAUUUGAACCUUUGUGUGCAUAUUCUUGUUUUUUUCCUUACUUGAAUGAGUUAAAUUUGUAUUCAAACACUCACACUAUUA